ACAUCUUUUUAUAAAGUCAGAAUGAUUUUUGAUACUUUUUUGAAUCGCUUUGAGCUGCGCACUGGAUGUUUUGUGGUGACAAUAACGAACAUGAUUUUUGUCAUAUUUAGCUUGCAUGUGCCCAUGGUAGCUGACUUUGAUAUGUCCAAUUGGAUUGCAAUCUUGGCGGCCAUCGAAAGGCUUUUCGAAUUCUUUUCGUUUCUCUUUGUGAGUUACGGUUUGUAUCAGCGAAGUCGUCAGAUGCUGUUAAUUUGGCAAAUUCUUAUCCCGCUUAGUUUUAUUUUCAAUGUUGGAUAUUAUUUCUAUCUAAGCGCUGUGCUAAACAGUCUAAAAUGGUUGAUUCUCUUGGUGUUAUCCUUGUAUCUCAUAACGUAUUCACUAAUGCUGAUCAAUUCGUAUUACGAUGAGCUGGGCUACGUGGAGGAUUAUAUGAGAGAUUUGGAGUAUAUACAAUCCCGGAACUUGCAGAAAAAUCCGCAUAGCUAUAAUCCAUCGAUGAAAUCUGAAGAUCGAGUUGUAAAAAUCACUAGACACACUGCAACCUAAUGCAAAGCAACAGUAGCAACAGUAUGAGUAUCUGUCUGUCUGUCUUUCUUUCUUUCCAUCUUUCUAUCGUUCAAGGCAAUGGCCAGAGGGCUGCGCAGUUGCUCUGUUGCAGGUAAUCGGAUAUGCCACAAAAGGCGAAAGUCUCUCGGCGCAUACCAUUUUUUCCACCAUUAGUUUAUUAUUGUUAUAAUUUCUUUAUUGUCAUUAUACACAUACAUAUAUGCGCUAGAGAGUCUCUUCUACAAAACAGCAGCAGAGGUUCAACUUUUUCAUUUCGGAGUCAGCUCGUAAUUACCAUCCACACACUGAGAGCUGCGAAGAAGACGUGGAACGUGUUGAUUUCUCAGCCAGGCAACCGCAAAUCCACUUGGAGUUCGGUUCAUUCGAGAGGCACUUGAAAUUAUGCGGCUGUUAGCUACCAGAUAACGCUUUUGAUUAUGACAACGGGGCCAUAACGAUGUGCAGCAACGAUGGAAAGCGACUGCGGCAGCUGCCAACUACAAUCUUGGCCAAAUUAUAUUUGUUGUUGGCGGGGGUGCGUGGCCCAAAACAACGAAAACAACGACAACAACAGCUGCAUCGGCAAAGACAAUUCAAAUCAUUUUGAGUUUUCAGUUUUCGGCUGCCUUCGACAUUGAUUCACAUUCACGUCAAAUGGCCAACGGGUGCACAGUAAAUGAAAUCGCUUUUUGAUGUGCCCUCCCACCUCCCUCUCCCCUCUUCCACCUCUUUUGCCCACUUGUCUUUUGGCUCGCGCUCACUUUUUUUUUCUCUCGGUUUGGAGUUUGAAGUCCAAGCGUUUGUUAUGGUCUCUAUUAUUGUUUAUGAUGAUGGAGUGCCGCUUUUCGGACCAGAAUUCUAUUCACCUCACCAUUUGAAAUGUGCCCGCCUAUUUGUCGUCCACUCUUCUGGCAUUUCUUUUCUGGCCAAGUGCGACUACAAAAUGCAUAAACAAUCGACAAACCAAUUUCACGUCUUUGGAAAAAAUAAUAUUUAAAAUAAAUGUCGAA